AUGGCACUCGCGUCUGCGGCUGCUGCGGGCCUCCUCGCGUCGUGGCAGCACCGCCGCAUCUACCGCGUGUGGCGGCUGCGGCACCCCAGACGCGUGGCACAGCAGCGGCGGCUCAUGUGGGGCUCUGCGGCGUCGAGCGUGGCACUGCUGCUGCUGCUGGUGAGCCCGGUGGGGUGCAUGGCUCUGCACGAGGCUCGACACAAUGAUGCGCGGCGGCUUGACGACAUUGCGGUGCGGGCGCUUGUGCUGAAGCAACGCUACGAGGCAGCAGCGACAUCCGGGAGAAAGGAAGCGGGGGACGUCUACGAUCGCUGUGAGAAGGACUGGGCUGCGCUCAUGAAGGAGCGUGUGGCCAUUGACGAGAAUGUCUAA